CAAGCACAACUGCAAAAGCGGAGGCUUCCAAAGCGUCACACAAGCACGGAAUGUCGCCGGCUUGGGGAGGAGUCGCGUUGUGAUUGGCUGAUUAGGGCGCGGCGGAGACGGCCGAUUGGCCAAUUUCAAUCUGGAGGCGGCGAUUGAGUGAUUCGAAUGGGCGUUCGGGCGGCAAACUUCCUGAGGAGAAAGAACGGGAUUUCCCCCCCCCCCCCCAAAUGGCGCCGAAGAGGCGGCUGCGGAACAGCGGCGGGCAGGAUCCCCCGUCGAAGGUCUUCAUCAUGGAUGAAACAGUAGCUGAAUAUAUUAGAAGAACCGUGCUGCGAAUACCACGUUCAGAAACAUCCAAAAUGCUGGCUUCAUGGGGUUUUUUGUCCGAGACUCAACUUCAAUCUUUAAAAAUUCAUCAUGUCAAGGACAAAGUAUCUGAAGCAGUUGUUGAACUUUGUGAGGAGAACCAGGCAACUAUCAAAGAUGCAGCAGAGUUAGACUUAAUUUACAACUACACCUAUCAAGACAAAAAUACCUGGAUUGUUUACCAAAUGACUAGAGAAGAUGAUGAAGAUGCAGUCAUUUUUAACUGGACAACUUUCAAAAAGAAAUUUAAAUGCACUGUGCUAUCUGUUUUGAAAAAUGCAACUAUCAGCUUUAAAGAAUAUGAAGACAAUGCAGUGUGGAUUCGAAUUGCUUGGGGAACUCAAUAUACAAGGCCUAAUCAAUACAAGCCAACCUACGUAGUUUACCAUUCACAAACACCUUAUGUCUUCAUAACCAAUUCUAAGGUUAAGAGAAAUAACACUUUACUUUUUCAGGCUCUGUUGGCUGCUACCUGUUACAAAGACAUCCAUGAAAUGGGUCUCCGAAACCAUUGCUUAGAGUCUCUUAAAGUUAUUUUGUUUAAAAGAUUUUCCCAGAAUUUUCAGACACAUCCCCUUCGCCCCCUACAAGAAAAAAACAGUGACCUGGAAAAUGUUGAUCCAAGGAUAAUUCUUGAAGAUAAACAUGAAAAGGAGAGAAUUCAAAAAGUUAAUCGGGAAACUUUUGGUGAUGGUCCUCAACCAAAAUUAGAACACGCGCAGUACAAGCUUGAAACAGUGUUUAAAACUGAAGAAAGAAGCAUCCUGAAUACUGAUCAGCCAUUUAGAUGUACCAUCAAGUUUUCUAGUCCUCAUCUUCUAGAAGCCCUUAAGUCUCUAGGGCCCUCUGGAAUAGCAGACGCUCCUCUUUCACCACUACUCACCUGCAUCACUCGAAAAGCCAGGAAUUAUUUUAAAAUCAGAGAGAAAAAAGAUGAUCUUUCACAAACCAAUAAUACCUUUCAAGUAAAUUAAAGAACAAACAGAGACAUAUAUGGACUCUCUCUCUCUCUUAACUUUGUGAGAUUUUGUAAAUAAUUAUCAGUGAAGGUUUGUGUAUUAUUACCAUGUAAUUAAAGCACCACUAAAAAUGACAACUUGAUUUUAAAUAUUUCAGUUAACUGAUGCAAAUGGGAGAAAUAAGCCUAUAUACUUAUUUAUAAAAUUGUAAUGAUGACAUGUAAUUUUCAGAAAAGGUUAGAUAACAAAGCAGUUAAAUUUAACUGCUAGUCAGAAUGACAGCAUUCUAUGCUGGAAUCAGCCUCUUACAAAAUAAUAUCCCCAGGAGAGCCAUAAGCAAAGGAAGAGGAAGAAUCUUUUCAUCUUUUACUAAUCUUUCCUUCCAUUCUGAUCUGUUGAACAUAAAAGUUUACUUUUCAUACUAGUUUGGAAGAUGAGUAGCUUGUAUUCUAUUUGACAUUAAGGAAACGACAGGGGCCCUUUUCCAUGGCCAACAUCAAUAUACAGGCUUACAUGUUUGUUAAAAAAGUAUUUGGGUUAUUCUAAUAGGCUUAUUUAUACACCAGUGCAGAUGUUAUCAAUGCUCAGUCAGUAUUGUCUAAUUAGAAAUGAAAUGUUAAUCUGGUGUAUAUAAUCCAGUUAUUUUAAUUGCUUGUUUUGGAGAAGUUGCUGUGAAGACAGAAUGCACUCUAUAAAAACAUUGACAUGUUUGAUUAUACUAAAUUGAAUUUUAAACUGAAAUGUUUAGUGAAUCAUGUAUAUUUUUAAUAAUUUGGCUUUAUAUGUACUUAAAUGUCCAUGACAAAAGAAAUAUAUAUCAACCAGAUAAUGCAGAACACUGUUAACAAAUGUCAGGGUUCUUUCUGACAAUGCAGGUAGCCAUUUUGAGAGGUUUUUGAUUCUCAU